GUCGCUCGUUUGACCGCCGGCUUUUGAGGCAGAUUGGGUCUAGCCCAUUUGCCGUCGUGCUAUCAUUUUCGCUUCCCCAGCUCUCCGCAAAUCCCCGUGUUUCUUUAGUCGAGACUUCACUUCCUGCAAGCGUCCUAGUUGGAAGUCCGUGUGCGCGUCGAAAUUCAUCAUCGAAUCGAACAAUCCCAGCCAGGUCCAGCUCUGACGGCGUGCAACAGGAAGCGACGAGAAAACCAUGGGGCGCGAUUGCUGAUAUACUGCCUCCCAAAGACAAAACCGCAAACUGGAUUUGAGUCUGUCAUACGCUCUCUAAACACCACACCAGCCCUGUAUACACACCUACGGGAAAGCGCGGUUGAGUGCUGCAACGAUGUCUAGCACAUGCAUCUCACUCUCGGGUUCGACCCAAUGCCCUGCGUUCAAUACCUCCUCUAUAUCAACCAACUCAAGUCUCUAUACGGAUUUUCCAUUCAUGCAAUAUGUCUCCAACUUAACGCAGUUCGACCAGGAGCUGAAUACCUAUGUCAUGCAGUCUUUUGUGAAGUCAAAAUACGUGGAUUAUCUAGGAUGCGAAGGUGCCAACCUCACUGACACUAGCGACUUUUAUGCCCGCUACACCACAAGUGUGAUCUGCAGUAGCUUGGUCCAAAGCUCAAAAGACGACUGCAAUCUCUCUGUUCAGGAUUCGAGACCGCUUUGCGCUGACGCCUGCGCUCAGAUGGCUGAAAGCGAAGAGGCCAUAAUCACCGACUCCGACCUUUGUCCUGAAAGGGCUGACGACUACAUGGCCCAGAUUCGGUCCGACUUCACCAUUUGCGCUCUUCCUGCUGACUCAAUCACUGUGAGCUGCGUCGCCGGAGCUGACAAUGAGCCGGAAAACUGUGGAUUUCGGUCCAAUCUUUUUGGGCUGUGUGCGCAUUGCAAAACGAGCUCGACCAACACCACCGACUCCUGCUGCGAAAGCGCAGGAGCAGCUACCCGAUGCUCGAAUGUAACCGUUCCCUCUUCAACGAUAACACCGAUUUUUACGUCGACGUCAACAUCAAAUUCAACAGCUGGUGCUUCGGAUGGCUUAUCUGGUGGAGAGAUUGCAGGUAUUGUGAUAGGAUCCGUGGCGGGGCUUGCUUUACUGGCUGCCCUCGCCCUACUCGCUUUCAUCUGCUUGCGCCGCAAGCGCAAAGCGCGUGAUGAAAGUGGCCUCAACCAGCCGAACCCACAACGGAAGGGGUCUCCAUCAAUGCAACAGGCCCAGGUAAACAAUGGCUAUGCUGCCAUUCCUGGAGGACGAGUCGCUCGAAUGUCUGCUUUGCGCGAGGUGCCCAAUUUAUCACCGGCACGAUCCCGUCUUUCGGCCGCCUUAUUCGGGGGCGGAAAGUACAGCGACUCUUCCGACUCAGAGUAUGGUGCAAGCCCGGGUGCUAUGUCCAAGAAAAUACCCCCAACAACUGGCAAGCGUCACGGCUCGCUAUCUAGCAACUCAGCCUUGGCUGGUAUGGGCACUGAUAGCUCACCGCGCUCAAUGGGAGCCGGUCACUACUCGUCACCUGAAGGCGUGACAAGCGGACAGUCGGAGCAAUUGUCUUCUUUCCAGGACUAUUAUUCGCCGGAUGAGAUACAUCCCGGUGAUAAGGUGGCCGUACUAUGGGCAUAUCAACCUCGAGCAGGAGAUGAAUUCGCACUGGACCGAGGCGAGAUGCUGAAGGUGAUCGGUAUAUGGGAUGACGGAUGGGCUACCGGCGUUCGCAUUCCCGAGAGCGUCGAUGACCAUGACGCUAGACACCAUGAGCAGCGCGAUAGCGGUGUCUCGAAUGGCUCACAACGGCCGGCCCCUUCUCCGCCUCCGCUAGGAGAGAUCAAGGCAUUUCCACUCGUCUGCGUAUGCCUUCCGCAACAUUGGCGCAAAAUCAUCGACGGCGGCCACGCGGAAGAGGAUUGAUGAGACUUCAAAGCUAUUAUCCUGGUCCAGGUGCGCAGCCUUAUAGGCCUGUGUUACUUCUAGCUUGGUCUUCCGUGCGCGCUUGAUUUGAGAUUGCUGUUUACAGAGCGUUUUCUGCAAUUAGCCCGGCUUUCCCAAACCGAGAGCCACGGACUUGACAGCUACUUUCAAACAUGGCUUAUCGCUUCAAAUCUCGGGCAUUCUUCAUGAUGAUUCGAUCCGCAGUCUUAUUCUUCCCAGGCCUUGCUGGAUCGCACUGUCAAGUUGACGACGUUUCAUGAGACGAUCUGAUUUUUAUGCCCUUUUAAAUACUUUCUUUUCGAUCUUCAUAUUCUUAUAUACCCAGUUGUCAAGCGUGUGGUGCAGUUCUUGUAUCUAGGCACGAUUUGCAUAUUUCUACUUCAGCGUCUCGAGCGUGGACAAUAAUGUCCUUACGCACU